AUGCACUUCUCCACGCUCCUAGCUGCCUCGAUCGCUCUGGCCCCAGCUGUCUAUGGCGCCGGCUCAAACGUAGUCCAAGUCGAGGUCCAUGGCCAUGAGGAUUGCCAUGUUGGAAGGCAACCAGGAAAGCACCUUGAGGAGCACGAGACCCUCAACGGCAUGCCCGACAAGGUCUUCCCGACGGAAGAGUCCUGCCCUUCGAUCAAGCUGCCUGACCAUGACGAAGCCGAUACUUACUCCUUUACGGUAACCGCGCUCAACAAGAAGAGCUUCGAGAGGUGCCGCGGUCUGGGGGUCUACGCGAAUAAAUUAUGCGCUGGCAGGCCGGACUGGGUUGUGCCCUUCCACCGUGGAGAGCUCCAAACCACCAGCCCUUGUCUUCCUGAGUACGGCUUUGAGGACUACGCUUCGUUUCAGCUGAUUUGCGAUGACGAUUCAGGCCACCACGAUGAAGGAAACCAUGGGGCACAUGGAGAGGGAAACAAGGGGGGAGAAAGAGACAACGAGGGAGUAACUGAGGCAGAGUGGUCGGGAGAGGACGAGGAAGGCGACAAGGGGGAAGAGAAGGGCGAGGCUGAGAAGCCCCACCGUCAAGCCGAGCAGCCUGCCGCUCAAGGUAACCCUUGGCUUAAGAAACUGGGCUUGUAA